AUGGAGGACUCUAUCUUGUACGAGAGGGAGAAUGUCAAGUGGAAGGAGCAAGGCUUCACACUUGAGGAGCAUCAUGCCAAAGGCCUCGUCUUCGACAGCCUGCUGGGGGGAAACAGCUCAGGUCCGGGAGUGGGAGCGAAAGGGGGCUCUACUCGAUCGCAAGGAGCGCAGGCUCCCGGAAUCUGCGCAGCUGCCGGUCUUGGGAGAGAUGCGAUCGAUAGCCUCAUCGUAUCGAGCAAGGCGGAUACAACACUCGAUGCCAUCAAAUCUCUCUCGAAACGACUCACGCCAGCCAGCACGGUCGUGCUGCUUCAGAACGGGCAAGGAGUCCUCGACCUUCUCAACACGCGGUUGUUCCCAGACCCCGAGACGAGACCAAAUUUCAUCAUCGCCAGCACCACACAUGGCGCCUACAGACGGAAUCGACUGCACGUCGUUCACGCGGCCUUUGGCACCCUCAAUUUUGCCAUUGUACCUAAUCCCGCCCGCGCGCCGCGAGGAUAUGAGCACUUGCUGGUGCAGAAUCACAAAUUGUUGGACGUCGGCGCAAUUCCGAGCGACCCUCACUCCACACUCACGUUGCAGAGGACAGUCGCGACUUUACUGAGCUUGCCACUCAAUGUGACGUGGCAGCCGAUUCGAGAGAUGCAGCUGACUGUGCUCAAGAAGCUGGUCGUCAACGCCUGCAUCAAUCCCUUGACGGCUCUAGCUGAAUGCAGGAAUGGGGACCUGUUUGGGAACGGCCCCGCAACUGACACGAUGCGUAGCAUAUGUGCCGAGGCUAGCACUGUGCUUAUCGCCCAGGCGAGAGCUGCAGCUGCACGGGACAGAUUGGAUGAUCCCGAGGGUGCGGAGGAGCGUCUGGCGCAAGCAGAGGAGGUGUUCAAGCCGGGCGGACUGUUGUCGGAAGCGUUGGACGUAGCGCGCUUGACUUCUCAAAACAUCAGCAGCAUGCUGCAGGAUAUUCAAUCCAAUAGAGGAUCUACGGAGGUGGAAUUCAUCAAUGGCUAUAUCGCGGCAUUGGGCGAAUCGAUGAGGAUACCAACCCCAGUCAAUCUCAACUUGGCUCGCUUGGUCACCCUGAAGGCGACGAGAGCCGGAAGAGGACCCAUUAGAAGAGGCGUUUUCUGA